AUGAUCUUGGCUAAGGAGUUCAAUAGGAACCGGUUUGCUAGGGAUAGUGAUUUCACCAUCUCAACAAACGGGCCCCAGCCACCAACCAUAGUCCAAUUUGGUGCCAAUGUCCCACAGGAACUUGCGAGGGCGUCUUCCCUCGUGGCUCCGUUCUGUAACGGCGUGGACCUGAAUUGCGGCUGUCCCCAGUCAUGGGCCUGCGCCGAGACGCUGGGAGCAGCCUUAAUGGAGAAGCGGGAGUUGGUGCGGGACAUGGUGGUGGAGACCCGAGAACAGCUACGAAGAGAUGGCUGGGGAGUUGGGAAGGAAAGGGACAUAGACAAUCCCAAGGGAAGGAGCGUCAGCGUCAAGAUCCGAGUGCACAAGGAUCUGCGGAAAACCAUUGACUUCAUCACCACCGUCCUCGGUCCCGACCAAGACCGACACAUCGACUGGCUGACCAUCCACCCGCGCACUCGCUCAACUCCCUCCAGCACGCCGAUCAACCUCGAAGCCCUCGAAAUCCUGACCUCCACCUUCGGUGACCGCGUGCCGAUCCUCCUUUCAGGAGACGUCUUCGCUCUCAACGCCCUCCCCUUCACCUCGCCUUUCCUCCCCACCACCACCACCAACCCCAACACCGACGAUUCCGCCACGACUCCCACAGCCGCCAUUGACAAUCCCCUGAUCCACAUUCCGAAACUAUCCGGCCUCAUGUCCGCCCGCGCCAUCCUGUCGAACCCGGCCCUCUACGCCGGGUACGACGCCUGCCCCUGGGAAGCAGUUGAGACCUUCAUGAACAACGUCGCGCGCUGCCCCUUACCCUUCAAGCUGGUCCUGCACCAUAUCAGCGAGAUGUGCAGUCCGGGCAUGGGCCCCAACAAGAGGGCCCUGCUCACGAGGCAGGAGCGGGCGGCGCUGAUGGGGUGUGGGAACAUGCUGGAUUUGAUCGAUUUUCUAGAUGAGAGGAAGGAGGGAGGUCUCAGGAGAGAUAGAUAG